CGGCGGCGGCAGGGAGAGCGGGGCCUGGACGUGAAAACAAAAGCAACAUGGAUAAAGCCAAGAGGGAGCUGACGAGCUCUUUGGGGAGGAGUCCCUAUCCCCCAUAUUCCAGCAGUCAGACGUCUGACUCCUCCCCAGGAUCCAGCUUAUCCCCAACAGAUAGUUCCAACAAAACAAGUAGCAAGAAGUACCCUGUGACAAAAGAACGAGGAUUUUACUCUGAUAUCCUUGCACCAGGAGCUGCAGAACUUUUGGGGGAAGUGUGUGAGGGCCCCAGUGUAUAUAAGGAUUUACUGAAACAAUCAGAACUAGAGGAACACACUCCAAAAGUCACAACAUUUGAUACUCCUGAGAAUAUUGGGAAUAUCUUGAAUAGCCAACAAAUUGGACCAACUACAGAAAUUAUCAAAGAAACAGACUUUCCCUUGCAGGCAUAUAAGCCAAAAGUACAAGUUCCCUUUGAGGUGCUUCCAGGACAGUGCCCUCGGAAAAUUGAGAUUGAGAGGAGGAGACGGUUAUAUCUCAGCCUGGAUAUCAAUCAGCUUCUAAAAAAUGAAGGAAUCAAUUCUAAUGACCUGAUGCCAAGACACCAAGAUGAUGCUAGUAUGCCAACUAUUGAGGAGAACAAAGACCCUCUUUUCCCUGUCUAUCUCCCAUUACAGAUUUUUGAUGAUGAAGAGUUUGAUUGCCGGACCCCAGAAGAGUGGUUGUUGUUGGGUGUAGAGCCUAGAUCUGAAGAUCGGAAACCAAUUCCAGGAAAAGCUCUCCUACCUACAGAUGAUAUCCUGGGACAUGAAGAUCCAAAAAGCCACAAACUGAUCUACAAAUGGAUAAAUGUUGGCGUCUUGGAUUAUGAUGCGGAGACAAAACUCUACUUGGUACAUAAAACAAACCAUAUGGGCCUAGUCCGGGACAGAAAUGGGAGACGUAUACUUAAUGGAGGAAUGACUGAAGAAGGGAGAGCCCCUCUGAUGCCCUGUCAGUACUGGGUUCCCCGAGUACGUUUGCUUUUUCUUGCUGAAGAUCCCCGUGUUUUUGCCCAGCGGGUGAUUUCUGCCAAUAACAUGAGGAAGAAAACACAGGCACUAUUGUUAUAUAAUUUAUAUGUGGACUGUAUGCCUGUGGAUGGAUUACAAAGCAUUGAAGAGAAGAGUUUGCAACACAUGAAGCAAAUGGCACUGGAGACUUCACAUCUGAGGAAAGGGAAUAACAUUUUAGAUCGGCUGUACCGCCUGGGGAGAGAAGUGUCUCUAGACUAUGAACGUGCCAUGAACAAGAUUAAUUUUGACAGAAUUGUCAGUUCCAAGCCUCAGACAUUCUCUUAUGUCACUUUGCCCGAGAAAGAGGAGGACAAGGUACCAGAAAAGGGCCUCAUUGAGAUUCCAGAAUACCCAUUUAGUGAGCAGAGAGAAGAUUUUAUAUUUGUUUCCCUCUUGACACGAGCUGAAGUCAUCAUGGCUUUGUGCCAGGUGCGGGAUGAGUGCAACAAAACUGCAGCAAUGUCACUUUUCCAUUCAAGUCUGACAAAGUAUGGCCGGCUAGAGGAGUUUGAGCAGAUCCAGACACAGACCUAUUCCCAGAUUUCAAUGUUCCUAAAGGAUACUUGGAUCAAUACUUUAAAGAUAGCAGUGAGAAGUAGUCUAAGGGACAUAGGCAAAGGCUGGUACAACUUAUAUGAGACCAAAUGGGAGGUAUACCAGAUGUCCAAGCUUCAUCAGUUGAUGGAGCUUAUCAAGUUUAUGAUGCAAGAUACUGUACGUUACCUUAUUCAGGAUUCAUUAGUAAAUUUCACUCAGCUUUUUGUGGAUGCCUGCCACAGUGUCCUGGAUUGUCCUGAAGAUAUGGAGUGGGGAAAUGACCUUGUUAACAGCCCCUACAGACCACGAAAAAAUCCACUGUUCCUAGUUGAUCUAGUUCUGGACCCUACUGGUGUCCACUUCAGCACACCUCUGGAGAACUUUGAAGAAGUAGUUAUCUCUCUAUUUAAUAAAGGGAUUUUGGCUACCCACAGAAUACCACAGCUGGAGAAAUAUGUGCUUGAAAACAUAUUCAUCUGUGGAACACCAUUGUUGGAGUCUGUGGGCAUAAAUGAGCCACUAGUGGUAGAGCUACGAAAUACUAUCUCUACAUGUAUCUGCAAAUCACUGCUGCCACUCCAGGCUUAUGCCAAGAAUUAUGAAAAAUACUUAGAACUGAAUAAUCGUGAUAUCCGCAGUCUUCUACAGCAAUAUGAGGUCCAGUGUCCCCCUGCUCAAGAAGUGAGAGAGAUUGUGCACACGUAUUUAACAGAAAAGGAGUUGUUGGACAACAGUCUGCCUAGCAACAUGGUCAUUGGGCCCUUUCAUCUCAAUGUUGAAGUUGUAAAGCAAAAUCUCUCCAAGAAAUACAAAGCUUUGGCUACCUCUAUGCUGGAUAUAUUGGCUAGGAAUUUACACAACCAGGUGGAAGAUAUCUGCGAAGCCUUCAAAGCUAUCAGCCGAAAGAUUUAUGAAAAACCAAACAGCAUUGAGGAGCUGGCUGAGCUGCGUGAGUGGAUGAAAGGAAUUCCUGAGAAGCAGAAAGCUCAGGAGGAGUUGAUAAGUAAGGUCAUGGAAGACUAUGAAGUCAUGGAGGAAUUCCUUUACAAUUUGACUCAAGAUGACUUCAAUGAUAAGUGGGCUGCAAGCGGCUGGCCUUUCAAGCUCACCUCACAGAUUGAACAGAUACGGCAGCAGCACAUUGAAGAUGAGGAUAGGUUCCGUAAAAUUCAACUCAUGGAUCAAACCAACUUCUUGGAACGUCUGGAUGGCCUGCAGCUUGCUGUGGCUGGCUUUUCUGCACACUCAGAUAUUAACCGUGCCCAUGAAAUAGCCAAUGAAGCAAGGAGAAUCAGGAAACAAUUGAAAGAUUCCCAGCAAAUGGCACUACUCUACAACAAUAGGGAACGAAUUUUUGGCACACCAGUGACUAACUAUGAUAAGUUGAACAGGAUGGUGAAGGACUUCCAGCCCUUUUAUGACCUCUGGACUACAGCAUCAGACUGGCUUCGUUGGGCUGAGAGCUGGAUGCAUGAUCCCCUAUCUGCAAUUGAUGCAGAGCAACUAGAGAAGAAUGUCAAUGAAUCCUUUAAAACGAUGCACAAGUGUGUGAAACAAUUCAAGGAUAUUCCAGCAUGCCAAGAUGUGGCUGUGGAAAUCCGUGGCAAGAUUGAGGAAUUCAGACCCUACAUACCUCUGAUUCAAGGUCUGCGUAAUCCUGGAAUGCGCAACCGUCAUUGGGAGAUGCUAUCAGAGGAGAUCAAAAUCAAUGUGAAACCCAAGGCUAACUUGACAUUUGCACGCUGUCUGGAUAUGAAGCUUCAGGACCACAUUGAGAGCAUAUCUAAAGUAGCAGAGAUUGCAGGGAAGGAGUAUUCAAUUGAGCAUGCCUUGGAUAAGAUGGAGCAUGAAUGGGAAUCUAUCCUCUUUAACUUAAUUCCCUAUAAAGCAACAGAAACCUUCAUUCUAAAAAGCCCUGAUGAAGCUUCUCAACUUCUGGAUGAUCACAUUGUUAUGACCCAAAGCAUGUCAUUUUCGCCAUUCAAAAAGCCAUUUGAGGAUAGGAUAAACACAUGGGAAAAUAAGCUGAAGAUGACCCAGGAUGUCUUGGAGGAAUGGCUGACUUGUCAGCGUUCAUGGCUAUAUCUUGAGCCCAUUUUUAGCUCAGAAGACAUUAACAGACAGUUGCCAGUGGAAAGCAAACGCUACCAAACUAUGGAGAGGACAUGGAGAAAGAUCAUGCAGCAUGCCGAAGAGAACAGAGAGGUGAUUAACGUAUGUCCAGAUCCCAGGCUGCUGGAAAAGCUGCGGGAAUGUAAUAAACUGCUGGACUUGGUGCAGAAAGGCCUGAGCGAAUACUUGGAGACUAAGAGAGGAGCAUUCCCAAGAUUCUACUUCCUUUCUGAUGAUGAGCUGUUAGAAAUACUGUCUCAGACUAAGGACCCUACAGCUGUGCAGCCCCAUCUUCGCAAAUGCUUUGAGAAUAUUGCACGGUUGCUCUUUCAGGAAGAUCUCAAGAUUACACACAUGUAUUCUGCAGAAGGGGAAGAAGUAAAACUUGUUCGUUCUAUUUAUCCCACGGGAAAUGUGGAAGACUGGCUGCUGGAAGUUGAGAAGAUAAUGAAGGCUAGUGUGCGAGACAACAUUGAAAGGGCAAUCAAGGUUUAUCCACAUACACCACGGACUACCUGGGUCUUAGAUUGGCCAGGCCAAGUGACUAUUGCUGGAUGUCAGACAUUCUGGACAAAGGAGGUAUCUGAAGCCCUUGAAGCUCAAGAUUUGUCUACCAGGCUGUUUCCCCAGCUAAGUGCUCAGCUCAGUGAUCUGGUAGCACUUGUACGAGGGAAGCUGUCUCGAAUGCAGCGGGCAGUGUUAUCUGCUCUCAUUGUGAUUGAAGUGCAUGCCAAAGAUGUAGCAGCUAAACUUAUUGAGGAGAAUGUCAUGAGUGAGAAUGACUUUGAAUGGAUUUCCCAGCUCAGAUACUACUGGACAAGAGAAGAUUUGUAUAUUCGUGCAGUUAAUGCUGAAUUUAUCUAUGGCUAUGAAUACUUGGGCAAUAGCGGGCGCCUAGUGAUCACCCCUCUCACUGACAGAUGCUACCUGACACUCACUGGAGCACUACAUUUGAAAUUUGGAGGCGCUCCUGCAGGACCAGCUGGAACAGGCAAAACAGAGACAACUAAGGAUUUGGGGAAAGCUUUAGCUAUCCAGACUGUGGUGUUUAAUUGCUCUGAUCAGCUUGAUUUCAUGGCAAUGGGAAAAUUCCUGAAAGGAUUAGCCAGUUCUGGAGCUUGGGCUUGCUUUGAUGAGUUUAACCGCAUUGAUAUUGAAGUGUUGUCUGUAGUGGCCCAGCAGAUCACAACAAUUCAGAAGGCGCAACAGCAGAGAGUUGAUCGUUUCAUAUUUGAAGGUGCUGAGAUCCCACUGGUCCCAUCUUGUGCAGUGUUCAUAACAAUGAAUCCUGGCUAUGCAGGACGCACUGAAUUACCAGAUAAUUUAAAGGCUCUCUUUCGUCCUGUGGCAAUGAUGGUUCCAGAUUAUUCUAUGAUUGCUGAAAUUUCUUUGUAUUCUUUUGGAUUCAAUGAAGCCAAAGUUCUGGCAAAGAAGAUUACUACCACAUUUAAGCUGUCUUCUGAACAACUCAGUUCCCAGGAUCACUAUGACUUUGGAAUGAGAGCUGUGAAAACUGUGAUUUCAGCUGCUGGCAACCUCAAAAGAGAAAAUCAAACAAUGAAUGAGGAAUUGAUUUGUCUAAGGGCCAUCAAGGAUGUCAAUGUUCCUAAGUUCCUACAGGAUGAUCUCAAGCUUUUUAGUGGUAUAAUUUCUGACCUGUUUCCCUUGAUCAAAGAAGAGCCUAUUGACUAUGGCAUUCUAGAAGAAGCAAUUCACAGGUGCUGCCUUAAGGACAAUUUGAAGGAUGUGGAUGGGUUUGUGACAAAAUGUAUCCAGCUGUAUGAAACUACUGUGGUACGGCACGGCCUCAUGUUAGUAGGACCUACAGGCUCUGGAAAAACUAAGUGUUAUAAAGUUUUAGCGGCGGCAAUGACGUCUUUGAAAGGCCGGCCUUCAGUCAGUGGUGGAAAUUAUGAAGCUGUCAAUUAUUAUAUAUUAAAUCCCAAAUCUAUUACCAUGGGACAGCUGUAUGGAGAAUUUGACUUAUUAACACAUGAAUGGACAGAUGGGAUUCUUCCUGCUCUCAUUCGGGUGGGAGCUGUAGCCACAGAUAGCAACAAAAAAUGGUACAUGUUUGAUGGUCCAGUUGAUGCGGUUUGGAUUGAAAAUAUGAACACUGUGCUAGACGACAACAAGAAGUUGUGCCUUAGUUCUGGAGAAAUUAUUAAGCUAACAGAGGCAAUGACCAUGAUGUUUGAAGUACAGGAUUUAGCUGUUGCCUCUCCUGCCACUGUUUCUCGGUGUGGCAUGGUAUAUCUUGAACCCAGCAUUUUGGGACUAAAGCCUUUCACAGAAUGUUGGCUGAAGAAGAUUCCAGAUAUUAUGAAGCCAUAUUCAGAGAAGCUGGAUUCUCUUUUCAGCAGAUUUCUAGAGGAUUCUAUCAGAUUUGUCCGGAGUUCUGUGAAAGAGAUCAUUGCUUCCACAGAUUCUAACCUGGCAAGAAGUCUUCUCAAACUACUGGAUUGUUUCUUUCAACCUUUCAUUCCAGUUGAGGGGAUGAAAAAAAUUCCUCCAGAGAAGACAGCCCGUAUUGGUGAACUGAUUGAAUCCUGGUUCAUAUUUGCCUUGAUAUGGAGUGUGGGAGCAACUGGGGAUGCUCAAAGCCGUGUGUUAUUCAGCACGUGGUUAAGGACAAAGAUGUCAGAAGAGAAGAUUAAAAUAUUAUUUCCAGAAGAGGGGUUGGUCUAUGACUAUAAACUGGACGAUACCGGAAUUAGCAGUGCUGAAGACGAUGAGGAUGAAGAUGUUAUUAAAAAGGUUUGCUGGGAGAACUGGAUGGAUUCUGCCGCAGAAUUUACCAUGGUGCCUGACGCCAGCUUUUGUGACAUUAUUGUUCCCACAAUGAACACUGUCCAGAUGGCACACCUGUUGGAAAUGUUACUUACCAAUCACAAACCGGUCCUCUGUAUUGGCCCCACAGGAACUGGGAAGACACUCACAAUAGCAGACAAGCUUCUGAAGAACUUGCCACUUGAAUACAUCAGCCACUUUCUCAUGUUCUCUGCUCGGACUUCAGCUAAUCAGACUCAAGAUCUCAUUGACAGCAAGCUGGAUAAAAGACGCAAGGGAGUCUUUGGUCCUCCACUUGGAAGAUACUUUAUAUUUUUCAUUGAUGACCUCAACAUGCCAGCCCUAGAGACCUAUGGUGCCCAGCCACCCAUUGAGCUUCUUCGUCAAUGGAUGGAUCACGAUGGCUGGUAUGACAGGAAACAAAUUGGUACCUUCAAGAAAUUGGUAGAUAUUAAUUUUGUUGGUGCCAUGGGACCACCUGGUGGAGGAAGAAAUGCCAUCACUCCACGCCUCACUCGCCAUUUCAACUACCUCUCAUUCACUGAGAUGGAGGAUAGCAGCAAGAAGAAAAUAUUCUCCACUAUUCUUGGCAGUUGGAUGGCUGGACAACUAGGAGAAAUAUGUUACAGGGAUCCAGUCCCUGGCUGCCCUGAUGUGGAGGAUUUAAAUGAACCUCUUGUAGAUGCUACCAUACGCGUGUACUCAACCAUCACAUCCCAAUUAUUGCCAACUCCAGCAAAAUCACAUUAUACAUUUAAUUUGAGGGACCUCUCCAAGGUUUUCCAGGGGAUCCUCAUGGCUGAACCUGCCAAGAUUGAGGACAAACUGCCCCUCCUGAGGCUGUGGUAUCAUGAGAGCUGCCGUGUGUUUCGUGACCGCCUGGUGAAUGAAGAGGAUCGCACUUGGUUUGAUGACCUCAUGAAGAACAUGAUGUUGGAAUGGGAAACUACUUUUGAUGAAGUUGUGCCUUUUCAGCCCCUUCUCUAUGGGGAUUUCAUGGUUCCUGCUUCUGAUGUGAAACUUUAUGAAAUGAUUGAUGAUAAGGAAAAGCUUAUGUCUGUUAUUGAGGAAUACAUGGAAGAAUAUAAUCAGAUCAAUACCACCAAGAUGAAGCUAGUGCUCUUCAUGGAUGCAAUGCAACACAUUUGCCGUAUUACCCGUAUUCUGCGCCAGGCACUGGGCAAUGCUCUUCUCUUAGGUGUUGGUGGCAGUGGAAGGCAAUCUCUCACCAAACUAGCAUCUCACAUAGCUGAUUAUGAAUGUUUUCAAAUAGAACUUUCUAAGAACUAUGGGAUAUCUGACUGGAGAGAAGACAUAAAAAAGAUCAUGUUGAAGGCUGGUCUGCAAAGCCUACCCAUUACAUUUCUGUUUACAGAUACUCAGAUUAAAAAUGAAUCUUUCCUUGAGGAUAUCAACAACUUGCUAAAUUCUGGAGACAUCCCUAACCUGUAUGCACUAGAUGAACAGGAUCAGAUUAUGACGACCAUGAAACCUAUUGUUCAGGACCAGGGGCUUCAGCCUACCAAGGCCAACCUGAUGGCUGCAUACACAGGAAGAGUACGCAGUAAUAUCCAUACAGUUCUCUGCAUGAGUCCUAUAGGAGAAGUAUUCCGAGCACGACUCAGACAGUUCCCAUCACUAGUGAACUGCUGUACCAUUGACUGGUUUAAUGAGUGGCCUGCUGAAGCCCUGGAGUCUGUUGCAACUUCCUACUUCCAGGAUCUCCCAGAUGCUGAAGCCACCCCUGAAAUCAUAAAGGGAAUGAUUGAGAUGUGUGUAGAAAUUCAUCAGAGUGUGGCACUUAAGUGCAAAGCAUAUUUGGCAGAACUUGCAAGGCAUAAUUAUGUCACUCCCAAAAGCUACCUUGAACUGCUUGGUAUCUUCAUCACCUUGAUAGGAACAAAGAAACAAGAACUCAAAGUUGCCAAAAAUAGGAUGAAAAGUGGAUUGGACAAGCUUUUGCGAACAGCAGAAGAUGUAGCAAAAAUGCAGGAAGAGCUAGAAUUAGCACGUCCCCUGCUGGCAGAAGCUGCCAAAGACACACUAGUGACCAUGGAACAAAUACAGGUAGACACAGCAGUAGCAGAAGAAACAAGAAAUGCUGUGCAGGCAGAGGAAAUGAAAGCUAAGGUGAAAGCUCAGACAGCCCAGGCUAUCGCUGAUGAUGCACAGAAGGACCUCGCAGAAGCCCUUCCUGCACUGGAUGCUGCCCUUGCAAGCUUAAGGAACCUCAACAAAAAUGAUGUCACUGAGGUACGAGCCAUGCAGCGUCCUCCACUUGGUGUUAAAAUGGUUAUUGAAGCUGUCUGCAUUAUGAAAGGAGUUAAGCCUAAGAAAGUGGCAGGAGAGAAGCCAGGCUCCAAAUUAGAUGAUUAUUGGGAGCCUGGCAAAGGCCUCCUUCAGGAUCCAGGGAAAUUUCUUGAAAGCCUGUUUAAAUAUGAUAAGGAUAACAUUGCAGAUGCUAUCAUUAAAUUAAUCCAGCCAUAUAUUGACAGUGAAGAAUUUCAGCCAUCAGCCAUAGCAAAAGUGUCCAAAGCCUGCACAUCUAUCUGCCAGUGGGUCAGGGCUAUGCACAAGUACCACUUUGUGGCAAAAGCUGUGGAGCCAAAGCGACAAGCCCUGAGGGAAGCAGAAGAAGACCUACAAGCCACACAGAAGGUACUUGAUGAAGCCAAGGAACGUCUACGAGAAGUGGAGGAUGGCAUUGCCAGUCUUCAGGCCAAAUACAGAGGCACCCUAGCAACCAAAGAGGAGCUGGAAAUGAAGUGCGAACAGUGUGAGCAGAGACUAAAUCGAGCAGACAAGUUAAUUAAUGGCCUUGCUGAUGAAAGGGUACGCUGGCAAGAGACUGUCCAGAACCUAGAUUAUAUGAUCAACAACAUUUCGGGGGACGUGCUCGUUUCAUCUGGCUUCAUUGCAUAUUUGGGCCCUUUCACGGGUCACUACCGCAUAGCACUUUACGAGGAAUGGAUAAGUCAUCUGGACUCACAUAAUGUUCCACAUACCAAAGAACCAAACUUGAUAGCUACACUUGGAGACCCAGUGAAAAUACGAUCAUGGCAGAUAGCAGGUCUGCCCAACGAUACCUUAUCUGUGGAGAAUGGAAUGAUAACACAGUUCUCUCAGCGCUGGACUCUAUUCAUAGAUCCUCAGGGACAAGCCAACAAAUGGAUAAAAAAUUUGGAGAAAGAUUCUGGCUUAGAUACAUCUAAGUUGAGUGACCGGGACUUCCUGCGCAGCUUGGAAAAUGCUAUUCGUUUUGGAAAGCCAUUUCUCUUGGAGAAUGUAGGGGAAGAACUGGAUCCAGCUCUUGAACCUGUCUUGCUGAAACAGACUUACAAACAACAGGGCAGCACUGUGCUGAAACUGGGUGACACUGUGAUUCCGUAUCAUGAAGAUUUCAAGAUGUACAUCACCACCAACCUGCCUAACCCGCACUACACACCGGAGCUAUCCACCAAGCUGACCCUGAUUAACUUCACCCUAUCCCCCAGUGGCUUAGAGGACCAGUUGCUAGGCCAAGUAGUAGCUGAAGAGCGUCCUGACUUGGAAGAGGCUAAGAACCAGCUGAUUGUCAGUAAUGCCAAGAUGCGUCAAGAGUUGAAGGAGAUAGAAGAUCAGAUCCUCUAUCGUCUUAGCUCCUCUGAGGGGAACCCUGUUGAUGAUUUGGAGCUCAUCAAAGUAUUAGAAGCAUCUAAGCUAAAAGCAGGGGAAAUUCAGGCCAAAGUAAAGAUAGCUGAGCAGACAGAGAAGGAUAUUGAUAUCACUCGGCUGGAGUAUAUACCAGUGGCAGUCCGCACCCAGAUCCUAUUCUUCUGUGUCUCAGAUCUGUCCAACGUUGACCCCAUGUACCAGUAUUCAUUGGAAUGGUUCCUCAACAUAUUCUUGACAGGAAUUUCAAACUCUGAAAGAGCAGACACUCUGAAGAAGCGGAUAGCAAAUAUCAAUAAGUACCUUACCUUCAGUCUCUACAGCAAUGUAUGCCGGAGCCUCUUUGAGAAGCACAAGCUCAUGUUUGCAUUCCUAGUGUGCAUCCGAAUCAUGAUGAAUGAAGGCAAAAUAGAUAUGGACGAAUGGCGAUACCUCAUUUCUGGUGGUGCUGUGAAGGUCAUGCGAGAUAAUCCAGCUCCUGCCUGGCUAUAUGAAAGAGCGUGGAAUGAUAUCCUGGCCUUAACCAACCUGCCCAAUUUUUCUUCCUUUGCUGAUGAUUUUGUGUCCAAUCUGUAUGCUUUCCGAAAAAUCUUUGACAGUGCUGAACCUCACAGGGAGCAUCUGCCUGGCAUUUGGAAUACCAAACUGGAUCCCUUCCAGAAGUUGCUGGUCCUGCGCUGCCUGCGAGGGGACAAAGUCACCAAUGCAAUGCAGGACUUUGUGGCUGAAAAUUUGGGACAAAGUUUUAUUGAGCCACAGACUGCAAACCUCUCUGUAGUGUUUAAGGAGUCUGCUGCGACUACUCCACUGAUAUUCGUCCUCUCUCCAGGCACUGACCCAGCUGCUGAUCUCUACAAAUUUGCUGAAGAAAUGAAAUUUUCCAAGAAGCUGUCUGCCAUUUCUCUUGGCCAGGGACAAGGCCCCCGUGCAGAAGCCAUGAUGCGCAAUGCUAUGGAGCGAGGAAAGUGGGUCUUCUUUCAGAAUUGCCACUUAGCUCCAAGCUGGAUGCCUUCUUUGGAGAGACUUAUUGAAAGCAUCAACCCUGACAAGGUGCAUCGUGACUUCCGGCUUUGGCUCACCAGUUUGCCCAGUAACAAGUUCCCAGUGUCAAUCCUCCAAAAUGGAUCCAAGAUGACCAUUGAGCCCCCUCGAGGAGUAAAGGCCAAUUUGCUGAAGUCAUACAGUAGUCUGAGCAAUGACUUCUUGAACUCCUGCAGCAAGAAUUCAGAGUUCAAGUCUUUGCUCCUCUCACUUUGCCUCUUCCAUGGGAAUGCUCUGGAAAGACGGAAGUUUGGGCCACUGGGAUUCAACAUUCCCUAUGAGUUCACAGAUGGAGAUCUGCGCAUCUGCAUCAGCCAACUAAAGAUGUUUCUGGAUGAAUAUGAAGAAAUCCCUUACAAGGUUUUGAAGUACACUGCUGGUGAGAUCAACUAUGGAGGCAGAGUGACAGAUGACUGGGACAGACGAUGCAUCAUGAAUAUUUUGGAAGAUUUCUAUAACUCCGAUGUUCUGGUUCCAGAACACUGUUACUCGGAAUCUGGUAUCUACAAGCAGAUUAGUACUACUUAUGAUCUUGCUGGAUACCUCCAGUACAUCAAGAGCCUCCCACUUAAUGACAUGCCUGAGAUAUUUGGACUGCAUGACAACGCUAACAUCACUUUUGCUCAGAACGAGACAUAUGCACUGCUUGGAGCCAUUAUUCAACUGCAGCCGAAGACAUCAACGGCAGGAGGCCGAAGCCGAGAGGAGAUUGUGGAGGAGACCUCAAAAGACAUACUAGAGAAGGUGCCUCAGCCUAUUGACCUGCGUGCGGUAAUGCUGAGAUACCCUGUUCUCUAUGAGGAGUCCAUGAACACUGUUUUGGUUCAAGAGGUGAUCAGAUAUAAUCGUCUGCUGGUAACAAUUGCACAGAGUUUAAAGGAUCUUCUGAAAGCUCUCAUAGGCCUUGUGGUAAUGUCAUCCCAGCUGGAACUGAUGUCCAAUAGUUUGUACAACAAUAUUGUCCCAGAGAAGUGGAACAGUAAGGCAUACCCCUCCCUGAAGCCCUUGGCCUCUUGGGUAAAUGACCUAUUGCUGCGCAUUGAGUUCCUGCAGAAGUGGAUUGCUCAUGGGAUCCCACCAGUGUUCUGGAUAAGCGGGUUCUUCUUCCCUCAGGCCUUUUUGACAGGAACACUCCAGAACUUUGCCAGGCAGUCUAUCAUAUCCAUUGACACCAUCUCUUUUGAUUUUAAGGUGAUGAGUCAGACAGUGCAUGAGCUCACCCAGCGGCCUGCUCAGGGAUGCUACAUCCAUGGCUUAUUUCUGGAAGGGGCUCGUUGGGAUACCCUUAUGUAUCAGCUCACAGAGUCACGGCCAAAGGAGCUCUACACAGAGAUGGCCGUCCUGUGGUUAGUGCCUGUGCCCAACCGCAGGCCUCCAGCCACAGGCAUCUACUUAUGUCCUAUCUACAAGACACUCACCCGGGCAGGGACACUGUCAACAACUGGUCAUUCUACUAACUAUGUGAUUGCUGUAGAAAUUCCCACAAAAAAGCCCCAGAGGCACUGGAUUAAACGUGGUGUUGCUUUGAUCUGUGCCUUGGACUUCUAAGUACAGAAGCAGUUGUCUUUAUGGCUCAUUCCAUGAAAAUUGAGUUAUUCAGCAACUCAACCAGACCGUUUGGUUAUCUGAAGAAACACAUAGAUGAAUGGGACUCAUACAUGAACUAAGACAUCAUACCCAUAAGUUUAAGUAAUGUAACAGUUAUGUAGUAAUUAUUUUAAUAAAAUAUAUAUUAAAGUGUUUUUUAGUUUAACA